AGAGCGGAGUCCACACGGAGGGUUUUGGGACUGGAGUUAAACAAAGACAGAGAUGUUGAAAGGAUCCAUGGCAGUGGAGUUAACACCCUUGACAUUGACCCUGUUGAAGGGAGAUAAAGCCAUCCUGAUGUUCACAAAUAUAGUGUGGAGACUGUACAGUGGUAUCCUCAUGACACUGGCAUGUUCACAUCAAGCUCAUUUGAUAAAACUCUGAAAGUAUGGGAUACAAAUACGUUACAAAUUGCAGAUGUAUUUAAUUUUGAAGAAACAGUUUAUAGUCAUCAUAUGUCUCCAGUUGCCACCAAGCACUGUUUGGUAGCAGUUGGUACUAGAGGGCCCAAAGUACAACUUUGUGACUUAAAGUCUGGAUCCUGUUCCCACAUUCUACAGGGUCACAGACAAGAAAUAUUGGCGGUUUCCUGGUCACCGCGUUAUGAGUAUAUCUUGGCAACUGCAAGUGCUGACAGUAAAGCAAAAUUAUGGGAUGUGAGGAGAGCGUCAGGAUGUUUGAUUACUCUUGAUCAGCAUAAUGGGGAAAAGUCACAAGCGGUUGAAUCAGCAAACACUGCUCAUAAUGGGAAAGUUAAUGGCUUAUGUUUUACAAGUGAUGGGCUUCACCUCCUCACUGUUGGUACAGAUAAUCGAAUGAGGCUCUGGAAUAGUUCCAAUGGAGAAAACACACUAGUGAACUAUGGAAAAGUAUGUAAUGACAGUAGAAAAGGAUUGAAAUUCACUGUCUCCUGUGGCUGCAGUUCAGAAUUUGUUUUUGUACCAUAUGGUAGCACCAUUGCUGUUUAUACAGUUUACUCAGGAGAACAGAUAACUAUGCUUAAGGGACAUUAUAAAAGUGUUGACUGCUGUGUAUUUCAGUCUAAUUUCCAGGAACUUUAUAGCGGUAGCAGAGACUGCAAUAUUCUUGCUUGGAUACCAUCCUUACAUGAAUCAGUUCCUGAUGAUGAGGAGACUUCAACCAGAGCACAGUUAAAUCCAGCAUUUGAAGAUGCCUGGAGCAGCAGUGAUGAGGAAGGAUGACUAUCAUUCUUAGUACCUUUUUGUCUCUAUUGAUGAAACUUUUAAAACAGGACUGUUUUAUUUUUUUAACUGUCCAGUGACAGCUAAAUUAGCCCUGAAUUUGGGUGGUUUUUUUCCUUUUAUUUUAAAAUGAAGUUAAUAGUUGCAUGAAACCCUGCAACAGAGUUCCAUAUAGUUUAUUUAAUCAGAACAUGUCUCCUUGAUCCCAGUGGCUGUUGUCUGCGGCAGCCCGUAUAGCUAUAGUAGAAGGAGACAGGUCAUGGUAGCCCCUUUGUGGGAACUUGAGCAGAUUGUGUGAACAAUAAGACGCAGUCUUAGAGGAUGAGCACCUAGAGGUUAUCAGCACUGACUUUCUUCUGCUGGUUGUACCAUCACCUUGCUCAUUUUCACUUUCAAGAAUGAUUUUACUGAGGAUUAUAUCAAAAAGUAUAGUUGAGAAGUUAACAUCAAAAUUUGUUUAUUAUUAUUUAUGUAUUCCGUUUUUGCAAUGAUUUCAUUUACUUAACCGUUAUCUAGCUUUAUGUUAAAUUUUCUUGAACUCAUUGCCUUCCACAAUCUAAAAAGUGCAUCACAGGAGGUAUUUAACUUAGGGAAGAUACCAUAUUUCCUUUAUUUUAAUGCAUCAGAUGGCAGCUUAAACUACUCUUCUAUGAAUCUGUGUAAGAUGUGACCAAGUCCUACUUCAUUCAUCAAAGCAGAAAAUAUCCUGGCAGGGAAUUUGGCUUAAACAUGAAAUGUCAUAAAAUUUCCAUUUUAUUUUCCACUCUUCUUGUGUCAUAACCCACAAGUGAUUAUCAUGAACCUAAUCUUAUAUUCCCUUUCUUUCUGAUUCUAUCAAUAGGAGGCUAGUUAAAGAGGUUUUUGUGAGCUUGAAUACCAAGUAUACAGUUGUUGAGUUUUUAAGUGUGUGUUAGGCCUCAUAUCAGACCUUUCUGGCCAAACGUUUUCCAUACAUUUACUUUGUAGUUGAUCUUCUUAAGCCCUGACCAUUUUACUCUCACUUUUUCUCACUUGGUGAGGAUUCUUAACAAUCUUUGAGAAUGCUAUUGAAAUUGGAAUUUUUUUUUAAUUUUAAGAAAAAAGGAGUCUUUCUCCAAACUUCAAAUACACGUAGGUAACUGGUACAUUUCGAAAAGGUCCAUCUGCUGGGGAUGUGGAAUGACUACCCUCCUAGAGCCAUGGGAUGAGCCUAAUCCACUGACUGGGCAGCGCCAACAACCAGUGAGGCCUUAUCAGUACCUCGUGUCUGCGACGUUACAUGUUCCUGUAGGCAUCCAUAAACCAUUUUCCUUUUCCCCUCUGAGCUUUUCUGAGUCAAGUCUCAGCCUAUUCCUCAAAGUAGUCGGAGAUGGCUCCACCUGAGCACUCACCUGUGUGCUGUGGGCCAUUUGUGGGUUUGGUGUGAGGGCCUUCUCAGGAGAUCAUGGCUCCCCACAAGCAUUGUUCAGGUCACAAGCUUCUCUGCUAUGUCUGCUUCCUGCUGUCGCAAGCAAUCCGUUCCCCACACUAGUAAGGUAUAAGAGGGCCCAUCCCUGGAGACCGUGGCUCAGUGUUUAAUGAAGAAGGAGAGGAGAGGAAAGGAGCACCAGGUUCCAACAUGUCCCCCACCAAGACCUGAAGAGUUGAUCCAAUUAAUUUUAAACAUACAAAGCCCUGGUCCAUGCAUAUGGGCCCUCAUGAGAGCUGCUGCUUAUCAACAUGCAAAGAGUCUCAUGCUCAAAACAAAAAAUGUAAAAGGUGAAGUUGAUGCCACCAUUGCUUUCCUAGAUGUAGACCCUAGCCCCUCUAAGGUUGAUUAGGACACCCUAGAGAAGGGGGGGCGCUGCUUACAGAGAGGCCACUAGCGACCAAUAGGAGCUUAUCAGGUAAACACCCAACAGAAAAAAAAAAGGAAAAGUUUUAGUCAUCUAGAGGUACAAGCCAUUCUGUAAGUUUUAAAAAAAAAAGGUGGCAGUGUGAGGAAGGGACUGAUGAUUCCAUGGACAGGGUCCAUGAUUCCAUGGACUGAUGAUUCCAUGGACAAGAUGAUUCUUAUUCCGGGGGUAAGUUGCCCAGAAGCACCUGGCCCCUUCAGCCUCCCUUUUUUCCUCUUAUUAGCCAGAAAAAGAAAGUAAAGGCUGCACCUUCAGGGUGCAAAAGCCUGAAACAGGAAGAGAACAGAAAAACUGACUGCCACUUUAGGUGGAUACAAGCUCAAGGGGAGAAAAAACAGGAACUUUAAAUCUUAGGUACUAAGCAAACACCAAUCUAGCAAACAUAAUGCUAAUUGUAGAUUACUUAAUGAUUUAAAAGCAAAAACAGAAAAUAAAAGGUAAUUGAAUAAUAUAUACAUAAAUAUAAUAUUAAAGCAAAGUUUUAUAAUUUGAUGUAAUUGUAAAUCCAAAAUUUAUAUACUAAAUGAAUAUAUUAAAGAAUUUAUAUAGCAAUAAGAUUAAAAUGCCACCUUAUGAUGGAUUACUACAACGUUAAUGAUGUGGUCCCAUCCAUUGGGGCCCCCGUACUCAAUAUCCAAUGUUAUUUCUUUUAAAUUUUAUUAAAGUAUAAUUGAUUUACAAUGUUGUGUUAAUUUCUGC